GGGCGCUUCCUUCGCUCGGGCCCGUCACGUCGGCGCGGCCUGAGCGGGGGAGGCGGGAUCGGCACCGGCACCACCGGGAUCGGGAUCACCGGGAUCGGGAUCACCGGGAUCACCCGGAUCACCGGGACCAUGUUCCGCCGCAAGCUCUCGGCGCUCGACUACCACAAUCCCGCCGGGUUCAACUGCAGGGAUGAAACAGAAUUCAGGAACUUUAUUGUCUGGCUGGAAGACCAGAAAAUCAGACACUACAAGAUUGAAGACCGAGGGAAUUUGAGGAACAUCCACAGUGAUGACUGGCCCAAAUCCUUUGAGAAGUACAUGAAGGACGUGAACUGUCCCUUCAAAAUACAGGAACGACAAGAAACAGUGGAUUGGCUUCUUGGCUUGGCUGUUAGGCUGGAGUAUGGAGACAAUGCUGAUAAAUAUAAGGAUUCUACCCCUGAUGGUGCUAAAAACACUGACAACACAGCCAAAAAUGCAGAGCCACUGAUCAACCUGGAUGUGAAUAAUCCUGAUUUCAAGGCUGGAGUGAUGGCUUUGGCUAAUCUGCUUCAGAUCCAGCGCCACGAUGAUUAUUUGGUGAUGCUCAAGGCAAUUCGCAUUUUGGUUCAGGAGCGUUUGACGCAGGACGCCAUUGCCAAGGCCAGUCAGUCCAAGGAGGGUCUGCCUGUUGCUCUGGAAAAGCACAUUCUUGGAUUUGACACGGGAGAUGCUGUUAUCAACGAGGCUGCCCAGAUCCUCCGCCUGCUGCACAUAGAGGAGCUCCGGGAGCUGCAGACCAAGAUUAACGAAGCCAUCGUUGCUGUCCAGGCCAUUAUCGCUGAUCCCAAGACUGACCACAGACUGGGGAAAGUUGGGAGAUGAAGGGAUAAAGGCUUCCAGCCCUGUGUGUGUGCUUAGUGCAAGUAGGAACCACCUCCAGCCCCGUACUCCGGCAUGCGGCUUGAAACGGGAUUGUUUCACUGUUUGGAAAGAAAACAGGAAAUUGAAUUCUGACUUCUAAUGAAUUGUCUUUUUUUUUUUUUCUUUAAAUAAAUGAGAUUGGGGAAAACAGACAAA